CUGCACCGCACCUCUGGGAGCAUGGAGACUGGGACUGUCCUGCAGCUCCCUGAGAAUGAGGCCAGGAGAGCCCUCGAGUGUGAUGGUGGGAACAGGAGUGUGGAUGGUGAUGCCACAAGCAGCAACCCCUUCGCAGGGCUGGUGAGCCACCUGCGAGCAUCCUGGCUUUCUGGGAAGACUCGACCCCUGGAAUACCGUGUGGCCCAGCUGGAGGCCCUGGGAUGCUUCCUGGAUGAGAAGAAGCAGCAGAUUCUGGAGGCCACUGCCUCUGACUUGGGCAAGGCACCCUUUGAAGCUGAAUUAUCUGAGAUCUUCCUGUGCAAGAAUGAGCUCCAUGAGACCCUGAACAACCUGUCCCACUGGAUGAAGGAUAAGCAUGUGGACAGGACUCUGGCGAUGCAGCUGGACUCCGCCUUCAUCCGCAAAGAUCCCUAUGGGGUGGUGCUCAUCAUAGCACCCUGGAACUACCCCAUCCAGCUCUUCCUGGUGCCCCUCAUCGGGGCCAUCGCUGCUGGGAACUGUGUCAUUGUCAAACCCUCAGAGGUGUCCAAGAACACAGAAAGACUUGUGGCAGAAGCACUGCCCGGCUACCUGGACAAGGACUGCUUUGCUGUGGUGACCGGUGGUGUGCAGGAGACCACCAGGCUGCUGGAGAACAAGUUUGACUACAUCUUCUUCACUGGUAUGUCCCAAGGGAAAGAGAAGAGGCCUGCCUGGAUCUUGUCCUCGCUGCCCUUUGGAGGCAUUGGGAACAGUGGCCUGGGAUUGCACCAUGGGAAGUUCAGCUUUGACACCUUCUCCCACCACCGUGGGUGCCUGAAGCGUGGGAUGGGCUGGGAGUCCCUCAAUGCCCCACGCUACCCCCCAUACUGCAAGAAGAAAUUUGGGGUCAUCCAAGCCACUUCCAAGGUGACACGAAAGAAUGACUGUACCCUGCUGUGAGGAUCUCCACAUCCCACUUGGAGUCUCCCCACAGCACAUCUCCUGCUGCUGGUCCCGGUGCCCAGGUGCAAUGAAAG